CUGUUGAUAUGCAGAUGCGCAUCUCUGGCCAAAGUUCACAUGCUCACGAACGGGCCUUUUGUUCUUCCUGGUGCCGAUCGAAGCCCACGUUGGCGAAAAAGUACAUUUGAUCUAUGUUCUUCAGGUUAAUUGAUAAUGUUUAAGCGAACCUGACAUUUUAGUGCGCAGGUCUAGCCUACAAUAUGCAUUCAGUCUGCGGGGAGGGCACUAGCGUGAUACUCCAAACUCCUACAUAGCUAGCACGUUCAAACCUAAAUCAUUAAAACACCGAUCUCCACGGAAACAAAACAAAAUAGCUGGAUUGUCGACAACAGGGUCUAUUCAAACGUCGGUCUUCAGCGAAAAAUACUGCGUGUUUCCCCGUGGAAUGAGCGUUCCAUGCAGCAUCCUAGGUAUGAAUGACGUUGCCUGGCAGGAGACAAGAGGCGGGAUGCUGCACACAAAUGGUGCCCCUGAGACUGUAGGGGUGAGGGUACACAGCGGUGCCUCCUUGGCCGCCGUCAGCGUCCAGGGCCCUGGCGGCACACACCCUCUGCAGGGCAUGGACAGAGGGACCAACCCCACUCCGGGCACACCACAGCCACCCCUUAGCGGCCGCUCCCAGGACGACGCCACCGUCGGGUACUUCUUCCAGAGGCAGCCUGGGGAACAGCUUGGGGGCUGCACCACGAGCAAACACCGCUGGCCCACUGGGGAUGGCAACCAUGUCGAUCAGGUGCGUGCUCAGGAUGAGAUGAACUACGAUUUCCAGGCCCUGGCUCUAGAGUCUCGUGGGAUGGGCGAGCUGCUGCCAGCUAAAAAGCUGUGGGAAUCGGACGAGCUGCCCAAAGAUGGAAGGAAAGGGAUGCUCCUGGGAGAAGAGUGGAGAGAGAACGCUUGGGGAUCCUCCCACCACUCCGUAUCACAGCCCAUCAUGGUGCAGAGGCGACCUGGCCAGGGUUUCCACGGGAACGGUGAUGCCAACUCGGUGCUGUCCCCGCGCUCGGAGGGCGGCGGCCUGGGUGUCAGCAUGGUGGAGUACGUGCUCAGCUCCUCCCCCGGUGACAAGAUGGACGGACGCUACCGCAACGGAGGCUUCGGCGGAGGAGACGGGGACCCGGACGGCCGAGAGAAGGGUGACCCCAUAGACAAAACAUCCCCGUUUGAGGAAGACAAGAGUGCUGAGAUGAAAGUGGGCGAGGAGGGCGACUCCAAGUCCAACGGGAGAGGCCUACUCAACGGCAUGGACCGCGACUGCAAAGACUUCAACCCCACCCCUGGUAGCCGACAGGCCUCCCCCACCGAGGCCGUGGAGCGCAUGGGCCCGAGCCAGAGCGGGCUGGAGAUGAUGAGCCAGCACCAUGCGCUGCAGGCCGCGGCCGCAGCCGCUCAGGCCGCCGCCAACGCUGCAGCAGCCGCGGCCGCUGCCGCAGCCUACAAGCCCCCCCAGCAACAAGAGGACGUCCAGGGCCAGGAGCAACAGGGGCUGGGCGGCAUGGAGCAGCAGGGCGGCGUGGAGGCGCUGCAGUUCGACUAUGCCGGCAACCAGAUCCAGGUGGACUCCUCCGGCACCCCCGUGGGCCUGUUCGACUACAACUCGGGCCAGCAGCUGUUCCAGAGAUCCAACCACCUGACUGUCCAGCAGCUGACCGCAGCCCAGCAGCAGCAGUACGCCCUGGCCGCUGCUCAACAAUCACACCUCGGCCUUGCUCCAGCGUUCGUGCCAAACCCUUACAUCAUUAAUGCUCCGCCUGGUGCUGAUCCCUACACCGCUGCUGGCCUGGCCGCAGCUGCCACACUCGCAGGUCCUACAGUCGUGCCGCCACAGUACUAUGGAGUUCCAUGGGGUGUGUACCCAGCCAACCUUUUCCAACAACAGGCUGCAGCAGCUGCCAAUCACAAUGCUAACCAACAGGCUAACAAUCAAGGACAGCCUGGACAGCAACAGACUGAUACUGAUGUGGGGUGGGGGUGGCGGCAGCCAGCAGCAAUCUGUGUGUUUAAUAAGGUGAUGCGUGCAGGAAACAACCAGCGCCCUCUGACCCCAGGCCAAGGUGGGCAGAGCCAGCAGGAGUCUCUGGCAGCCGCGGCGGCGGCCAAUCCUGCCCUGGCCUUCGCCAGCAUGCCAGGCUACCAGGUUCUGGCUCCAGCAGCCUACUACGACCAGAACGGGGCGCUGGUGAUGGGUCCUGGAGUGGGCCGGAGUGGACAGGUCCGGCUGGUGCAGACCCCCCUCCUGAUCAACCCGGCCGCUGCUCAGGCCGCCGCAGCGGCGUCCGCCUCUGGCUCCGGCAACAACAUGUCAGGCCCGGGCAACGGCCUGUACCGCUCCAUGGGCUGCCAGCAGCCCCAGCAACAGCAGCAGCAACAGCAGCAGCAGCAGCAGCAGCAACAACAGCUGCCCCCCUCCAGCGGCCUGCCCUCCAGCUCCUUCUACGGCUCCGGCACGCCCACCUCCCAGAGCAGCUCGCUCUUCUCCCACACCUCGCCCGCGCAGCAGCAGCAGCCCCCGCCCAGCUCCUCGCUGGGCUUCAGCGGCACCGGGGGUUCGCUGGGGGUGGGCCUGGGCUCAGCGCUGGGCGGGUUCGGAUCCUCAGUGGGCAGCUCUAGCAACAGCAGCGUGUCUCGCCGCGACUCCCUGCUGCCCAGCUCUGACCUCUACAAGCGCGGCGGCGGCAGCAGCCUGACCCCCAUUGGCCAGCCCUUCUACAACAGCCUUGGCUACUCCUCCUCACCCAGCCCCAUCGGCCUGACCCCGGGACACUCCCCGCUCACCCCGCCACCCUCCCUGCCGUCCUCCCACGGGUCCUCCUCCAGCCUCCCCCUGGGUGGUCUGACCAACGGCAGCGGGCGUUACAUUUCCGCGGCCCCGGGGGCGGAGGCCAAGUACCGCAGCACGGGCGGCAGUGCCUCCAGCCUCUUCAGCUCCAGCAGUCAGCUGUUCCCGCCCUCGUCGCGGCCGCGCUACAGCCGCUCGGACGUCAUGCCGUCCGGCCGCAGCCGCCUGCUCGAGGACUUCCGCAACAACCGUUUCCCCAACCUUCAGCUGCGCGACCUGCCCGGCCACAUGGUGGAGUUCUCCCAGGACCAGCACGGCUCCAGGUUUAUCCAGCAGAAGCUGGAGCGCGCCACCCCAGCGGAGAGGCAGAUGGUGUUCGGUGAGAUCCUGCAGGCCGCCUACCAGCUCAUGACUGACGUCUUUGGGAACUACGUCAUCCAGAAGUUCUUUGAGUUUGGCAGUGCGGAUCAGAAGCUCGCGCUGGCGACGCGUAUCCGUGGGCACGUGCUGCCCCUUGCCCUGCAGAUGUAUGGCUGCCGCGUCAUCCAGAAGGCCCUGGAAUCCAUCUCCUCCGACCAGCAGGUAAUUAGUGACAUUGUGCGAGAGCUGGAUGGCCACGUGCUCAAGUGUGUGAAAGACCAGAACGGAAACCAUGUGGUGCAGAAGUGCAUCGAGUGUGUGCAGCCCCAAGCUCUGCAGUUCAUUAUUGACGCCUUCCAGGGACAGGUUUUUGUGCUGUCCACCCACCCGUAUGGCUGCAGGGUGAUCCAGCGCAUUCUGGAGCACUGCACCCAGGAGCAGACCCUGCCCAUCCUGGAGGAGCUGCACCAGCACUCUGAGCAGCUGGGCCAGAAGUAUCAAGGCGUUUCAUUGGAGAUGACACACAAAACAUAUCAUACAGGGUCCAGCGAUGCGCUCUUCAAGGAUCAGUAUGGGAACUACGUCAUCCAGCAUGUCCUGGAGCACGGUCGCCCCGAGGACAAGAGCAAGAUCGUGGCGGAGGUGCGGGGCAAGGUCCUGGCCUUGAGCCAGCAUAAGUUUGCCAGUAAUGUGGUGGAGAAGUGCGUCAUCCACUCCUCCCGCGCUGAGAGGGCGCUGUUGAUCGAUGAGGUGUGUUGCCAGAAGGACGGUCCGCACAGCGCGCUCUAUACCAUGAUGAAGGACCAGUACGCCAACUAUGUGGUGCAGAGGAUGAUCGAUAUGGCCGAGCCUGCCCAGCGCAAAAUCAUCAUGCAUAAGAUCCGGCCACAUAUUGCUACCCUCCGUAAGUACACCUACGGUAAGCACAUCCUGGCCAAGCUGGAGAAGUACUACAUGAAGAGUGGCUCGGACCUGGGACCGAUUGGGGGCCCCACCAAUGGCUUGAUGUAGGCUCCCCUUCCCCACCCCUGUAACCCCAGCCACGCACCCCCCUCCCCCCGAAAACCUCUCAUUUUGGCUAGCUCUAUAAAGGUGCACUCGACCCAGCUGGGUUCCUCUAGACACCCUCAGUUGCUUCCCCUUGGGGGAUUUACCAAAAAAGAAGAAGAGAUAAAUAUAUAAAUAAUGAGACAGAGAAAGUCGACUUCAGCUCGUAGUGCAGUGAGGUUCGACCACAACCUCUGUGCUUGCCCUUGUGCAGUUCUCCCUCAUGGCCACUAGGGAGUGCACAGUCUGCAGGCCAUCUCUGGGUAAAGCACAACUAGCCCUUGUUUAUGAUGUAAUUGAUGUAACUGACUGGUUUUUCGUAUAUACGUAUAUAUAUAUAUAUGUGCUAUACGUAUAUAUAUAUAUCUUGUACAUUUUUUUUUUACCUUGUAAAUUCUCUGUAGAAAAACGUAUACAAAUUUGCUGAAAUUUACAAUUCUUACAAUUUACACCAGCAAGUGACUUUAUAAAGCCAAACUGAGUGAUCCUUUUUAAAAUAAUAAUAAUUAUUCUUUUUUGUUUUGUUUUAUUUUUAGAACCCAUAAUUCUUAUACUAGCAGUAAGUGGUGACACAUUGGUAGACCUCACCUCGCGGCCCCAAGUUUAGGCAGUGGUACUAAUGCCAAAGCAGUUGAUUUUACACAAAUCAAUUAACUAAUCCAUCUAGCAUCUAGCGUUUCUGUUUUCGGGAUAGAUGGUUAGCACCGACUCAGUUUGCCGGCAAACGCUCUGUCUGUUGUGCUAUCAAGUUAGUCACCGGAAUUUAUUUUGCGACCAGUCGCAGAGCUUUGCGUGGUACAGACACAGAGUUGAUCGGAGGCACCUGGGUAAUAGGCCUCAGCUUCCUAUUAUUUCUUAUUUUCCUUUCUUUUGGACUAAAGCUCCCCUGUUAAUUAAAUAACAUUGGACUACAGCUCUGUGGAAGCUGAUUUCUCUUUCUUUUCAUUUUUGGGUUCCUCUAUUUAACACUUUUUCUUGGACAAGGGGAGGAAACAUGCGUGAGGUCACACACACACACACACACCGACCCCCCCCCCCCCCCCCCCCCCCCCACGGCAGGCCAUGUUUGUUCAACAUCCUGCUCUCUUUGUCUUUUUUCUUACUUUCUUUUCGAGUGUGUUUUUCUCGGGCACAGCUCACAUGGAUGGCUGUGGCCACCUGAAUUUAGUUCUGAGCUACUGGCUGUAGUGCCGAACAGUAUUCCGUUUUGGUUGCUUUUCGAGAGCAGAGCCUAAGACCGGAGUUGUACAUUGGUAAGUCGUUUUUGUGACGGAACGAGACCAAUGUUGUCUUUCCAUCGUGACGUGGGGGUGGGGGGUGUUCGGGAGCAGGGGUGGGAGGGGCGGGUGGUGGGUGGUGUUUGCGGGGGGGGGGUAGUCAGGGGGUUCUGGUUAGCGGGGAACGCUGGCAUGCCGUGUCUGGAUUUAAUGCUUAUGGAAUGAUAUAAUUUUCUUUUCUUCAUCAUCAUGUCUGUGGAAAAUCUAUCUGUCGUAGUUAUUUGAGAUGAACACUGCCCUAGAAAAACGGUAUGUUUAUGUACUGAACAUCAUCUCUUUACAUAGUACUAGUUUAGGCGAAAAUGUAUAGCAUCUUUAUGUACGAGUAAAUAUUAAAGAUAUUGUUGUUUUUUUCGGGGACGGGGUGGGGGAGGGGGGUCGGGGUCAGGAUGGCGCCUUCCACACCAAGAGAGCAUAGCGGAGCGACGUGGCAGACAGGAACAUUUUUGGUGGAUUGUGAUUGGCUCUUUCGUCUCCCUUUGUGAGAUCGUUUUUUUUUUUUUAUUUAACCGUGAGCCUGCUCAUUUGAGCCAAGAGAUGACAACUUUGGCGAAAGGCGUCGUCGUUUUUUGAAGGUUUUUUGGGCAUGAGCCGGUGAGGGAGCAUUUUUUCAGCGACGAUUCAGUCUUGAAUAUGCAAGUUAUGCAGAGCGGGGGGUGUCUGGAAGGGCUGCUGUCAAAUGCUAUACAAAUCUUCUGUAAUGCUAGUAUAUUAAUGGCUUUUCGUUUUUUGCUUCUUAUGAGUAAAUGCAGAAUACAUGUAGUAUAUGUGCAGUUAAUAAGUGUAAGUUUAUGAGUUUAAAUAGAAGACAAAAAAAAUCUAAACUAGUUGUGAUGUUGGACAGGCCUUGCUAAACAUAGUAGUGAUGCUUUUAUUUCGUCUGUACAGUUGUACAUUUGUAAACGUUUAUGCUGUAAAUGGGAUGUCUUUUACACUUUUGGGGAAGAAAAAAAAAAAAAGCAAAAUUGUGCAUUUUUGAUGUGUGUAUAUUCAUCACUCCUUUCCCCUUGAAUAUAAUGUAUACAGAAUUUUUUUUCUUUUGAUCAAGUGAUGUUUUAAAGGACAGAAAAGAAACAAAUCUUUUAUGGCUUCACAAUCGGAACAUGGUCUUUUUGUUUUUAAAUCUGUUUAUUGGAGAAGGUCAGACACUCUGUACCAGAGCUGUAACAUCUGUUGAUAUUGUCAUUUUGACGUGUGACAGUCUAAAAAAAAAAAGAGAAGAAAACUCAAAAUUUAAGUGAAUGAAAUGACCCAUCAAUGCUCUGUACUUAAAACAUAAUUAAUACUGGGCUGUUAAUAGUCCUAUCUGCUACCAUGGAAACUUCACAGGACACGACAAUUAUUUUUGUACAGAAGAGUGCUGUAUUUUGGAACAGCUUCUUACUUGUAAGCGAAAGAAAUGUAAGAUAUUGUCAAUGAUAUAAAUAUGAACAUAUGGGUUUUGUCACACUGUCAAAGUCAUGUACAUUUUCAGGUGGCCUUAUGUACAUUUCCAGAUGUUAGAUGAAGAGGAAAAAGAACUCAUUUUUUUGGAAGCAGAAUUGUGACUAUGUAUGAUUAAAUUGUUCUUCUAACAUUUGAAUUUCGCCGUCUAUUCAUUCAUCUAGUCUGUGUCGCUCUUUGUCACAUGAAGCCAAGAAAGAAAUGUACCGUGUAUUGGUUGUUUGAUUAUAAAAGUUUGACAUAACCCAUUACCUGUUCUGUUCUAAAAAAGAAGACAUGUGCACAGCUCUUAUGAGCAGUACUGUAGUUGACUCCUAAAAAAAAAAAGCGCUAAAGUCACGGUAAUGAAACAUAAUUAAUUCACAGUUAACUUCAGGCUGUUUCCCUCCAGGCAUUGAAGUGUUUUGUGUAUGUGUUUAUGAAAGGUAAUAGUCUUGAGAGAGUCAGUAAUUUUUUCUUUUUUUAAAGAGAAGGGCAACUGUUGAAAUCCAGUUUAGGGCUUACUUCGCACGCACACACAUACAGUUAAAAAUGUCUUAUUAGAAACUCUAAUUCGGUCACUCUUGUACUCUUGCAACACACAUUCAUGCAUGCCUCAGGUUUUCCAGCCUGUCUCCUGUUAUUUUCCAAGAGUAACUUCCUGGUUCCUCAAGUGCAGAGGCCAAUCAGAGGGCUGCUAGGGCCUUUUGAAAGUGUCCUGGUGGAGAUUACCUGUAAGGAGGAAGGCACUUUUCAUUACGACAGGCAGCCAUCGUGUCAUGACACCUGUGUGAGCUUAGCUAAAGAAGCUGAAGUCCAAAUCGGAACGCUGCAAUGAAAGCUCCGUGGUUGGCCGCAUGGUUACUCUUUACAGGCCUCAGCGUGCGUCCUGGACACAUGACCUCCCUCCCUGUUGAGGAUCUGUCUGGAUCAGGUGAUGAUAAUGAAGGGUCUGGGUCUGGGGACUGGACAGAAGGCAACUCAGACCCCCAUGUCGUACCCACAACCAUCUCACAGUUUACCCCAGGAGGGAACAGAAUCAUCCCGGAUAUCAACUUGGGUGACACUAAAAGAGAAUUGUCUGAUGACUCGGAUAUAAUAUUUGAUUCCCAGCCAUCGCAUUUACCACCUCCAACUGGACAGGGGAGUCAUAGUUUUUUGGAGGACAAGGAGACUCUUGCAGCUGUUGUCAGUGGAGGCGUUGGGGCAUUGGUCCUGGCCCUUGUGCUUGUCGCUGCUGUGGUGUACAACAUGAAGAGGAAGGAGAAAGCAAAGUGUGGAGCAGACCAGAACACACACUGCAGCACAGUGUAUCACAAAGCACAGACAAAAGACGAGUUCAUAAUAGCAUAGCCCUACACACACUCACAAUGAUAAAAGAGGAGGAGAGGUUCUCUUGCUGUAGAGAGAAUAAAUAUAAUCCAGGGAGAGUGUGAGAGGGAAAUGAGAAAUAAUAAUAGUGGUGGGGAGAUGGUGGGGCAAGAGGAGGUAAACCCAAGUAGGUGCAAGAGCAAGAGCAAGAGCAAGAGAAGGAAGAAAUGGAAAGGGAAAGAAGACAGAGGGUGAAAUGGGAAAAUGAAAGGGAGGUGUGGAAAGCAGAGAAGUAAAGUAUGUAUGAGGGGAAAUAAGUAACAAGGGGAAAGAGAGUGAAGCGACAAAAUGUGUGGAUAUAUAGUCUGGUAGUAGUAGGAAAAUUAAAGAACAUAGACAAAAGACGGAAAGGGAAAUAAGACAAAUUUAUGAUUAAAUGUUUUAUCCAGUACUUUGCUAAACUUUGAGAGAGAGAGAGAGAGAGUGUGUGUGUGUGUGUUCAGUGCCAUAUGACUCAGGAAUUUAUUUUGUUUUAUGACUGGUGGACCUUCCUGAGAUGCUGUUCAACUUUGUGUUCCCAUUUCUUCAGAUAUGAUACUGUAUUUAUUAAUGGCAUAUGCCUUAAAAGGCCAGAGACAGAGUCGGGAUUGGCCAUUUGUAACAGUGCCCUUGCUAAAAUGUAGCACAAAUGUUUACUUUUAAAUCUCAUUAGUCAUUCACAAAAAUGUAUUAUUUUUUUACAAAAAUUCACUCCAUGUAAUCACUUGCUUAAACUACAAAACUAUUUCAUGUAGUAUACGGGUUAUAGACUACAUUAAAAACUAGACAUCUGUAUUGUAUUCUGAUGUUUUAAGUGGGCUUGACAACCUCUGUGUUUGUAGGCUUGAUUCUUUUGAAUAGUAAAGGACACUUCUAAAGGUA